AUGGGUGUUGGGGUGGAUAAAUUUGGCGAUAUUACUAAUAUUACUAAUUGUCAUUUGCUUACCGUGAAAGAGCUGGGGCCGCUUUGUCCCGACUGGUUUGAGGAGCUGACCGCUAGCACUGCUAGUGAUGACGCCUCGGCGCAUGGUCCAGAGACGUCCAGGGGGGGUCCUGUGCAGGAGGCCUCGCUCAAAACACCGCUGCGAAAAAAACCGGCUGUGGACAGCCAGAUCUUCUCAACUCCCAAGAUCUUCAAGAGCCAAAUUGCUCAGUCACCUGAGCUCCUUACUACCGACGAGGAGCUGUUCUCUCCUGAUGGAGGGGCUGCUGGAGGAUCAAAAACAGUACCAUGGGUGGACCCAAGUAUGGGUUUCUUUGGAUCUGCUAAGAACAGUCACACUGUAGAUAAAAUCUGCAAUACAAGUCUGGCUCCCGAUGAUUUUGCAUUGCUGAAUGUGCCAAAGGGUAUGGCUGCCGUCUCGGCUAAAAGUAUUUCUGAAAGCCUGGGCGCACAGCUGAACCCCGACGUGUCCUGGACCAGCUCUCUCAACACCCCACCGGUCAUGUCCCCCACCGUGAUGCUGACUAAGGACGAGGACAAAGCCCGUCCAGUGAGCCCCUCUGGAGACAAACGUGUUAUUCUUGUGAGAGAGCUGUUCCCCUCCAUGUCAAAAGUGUCCCGAAUGGCUGAAAUCUCAGAAAAGCCGGAUGGCUUGUUAGGUCAACCAUCCAGAGAAGCGAAAAACCAGUUGGGUUGUCUGAUGGAAGAGAGUGAUUGCCAAGAGCUCCCCUCAGCGGACGAGAGGGACGGUUUGUGGAAGCAGACGUUGCCCGACGCCAUCCAGGACGGGGAAGUGCGCAGCGCGGUGGCGAGCGUGCUCGACGGAGCCGACGACAUCCUGUCGAUCUUCUUCAGCGGCGGCGGCGGUCCUGCGCUACGGAGGGUGAAGACCAAAGAGAGAGGCAGGAGGAGGCAGGCCGGCUCGGCCGUGGCCUCGGAGCUGACGCCUCCCCCGCCGCUGGAGAGCGGUCGUCCCGAGGACCCUGCCAGAAUGGCAGGAGAGGCAGAACACGUGACCGACACCUUCGCCUUUCAUCACGGCAAUUCCCCAGAGACAAAGGGCAGUGGCAUCACCCAGUGGACGCCCUUGACCUUGCCUGAUAUGUCAGACACUAGCGCAGAAAUCGAUUUCUCUGCUGCGCCUUCGUCCUUCGACAGGGGCGUUGCACGGGCCACCGAGGAGCUGCCUGAAAGGCAGGUGGAUGGAGCUGAGGUGGAGAGAUUGACUGUAAAAGGUGAUAAAAACAAGAGUUCUGAGAUUAUGGUGCCAGGGGGUGCACUUGCACAGUGGGACUCUCUCCUCCCCACCAAUGUGGCUAACACUCAGGAAAAGAAUGUAAGCCCCUUGCAUUCAGCCGUUCUACAUCAAAGGACAGAGGCUUCAAGGAGGAUACGAUCUGGGGAUUCCCAGCCAGCUAUGCUGCCACUAAAAUCCCCAUUGCCCCAGUCAGAGCACUGCUGGGACCCUGGCACCAUGCCAGCGAGCGGCCCAGGGAAUAGUGUGUGCAGUACUGAGGCGGAGAGUGGCAUGGUCCUCCAGCCAGGUCAGCCACUGCUGCCAGGGUCCUCCUCAGAAGGCUGCCCCGCAGUCACCUCCGCCAGGAAGCCUCCCAGAAAAUUUGUGUAUUCCCUUCAGAGCCCACGUCUCUCUGGACAAGCAGAACUCAGUCAGACUGCCCAGAGUCGUGAAUCGUUGAAUGGGAAAUCGAGCAGAGACAUUGUGACGCAUCACAGUGACACUGUCACCGAAGACCAAUCCGAAUGUAAAAAACUUUGUGAACAAGCUGGCGAUAUCAGUAUGGGGUCAGUUCCUACCGCCUCAAAUGGAGCGGAAAGUGGGCUCCAUUACGUGCCCCUGCUGUGCCCUACCAGCACAGAGGAUUACAGCCAAGACCGGAAUCCUGGCAGAGAACUCAGCAGCAGUACCGCCGUUCUUGGCUGUGAUACUGACACCGGUUUCUCAGCAACAGCAUGCCUCGCUGUAAUGCGAUCGAAACGACCAAGUCGACCUUUCCUUACCGAACUGACGGAAAAGCCUGGAUCUGCUGAUGAUGAUUACCCUGACCGUGACCUUAUUGACUGUCCCAGUCACAGUACUGCAUCCAUCCAGAUCCCUGGAAUGAGCGGCCUUCUCAGUGCAUCCGACACAAAACUCACAACCUGUGGCAGCCAGAGGCGUGAUAGUGGCUACCACACCACCACGUCAGAUGCCACACUUCCUGGAUCAUCAGACAUCAGGAAUAUUUCUAGCUCCAGAAAAGUACCUGAGAAUCUUGCACCUGUAGGUUUUAAAAUGGCUAGCAACAAAAUUAUUUCUAUACCACAGGAAGCCUUACAGAGGGCAAAAGCAUUGCUUGAUGAGGGUGUGGAGGAUAGUCAGAUGAAAAAGGGAAAGGGGCCUCAAAUAUCUGAGUCAACAGAGAGGAAUCACAUGAGUUAUUACAAGGGUACCAGAAGCUCCUCAGUUGGUAAUACAGCUGCAGUUCGGCACUGUUCAUCUCUGAGUAAAGCAAGUUCCCCCCGCAGUUCUCUCCAGGGCAGUUCUCCAAAUCCUGGUUUUGUCGGCUUCAAAACAGCCUCCAACAGCAUGAUACAUUUGUCCUCUGCAAAUCUGCUGAAAGCCAAGCAGCUGUUCAAGGAUAUUGAAGAUGAAAAGCUCUCGGAAGAUCCACUCAGAGCCAGCCGCACCGAUUUUCACACUGUGAGUAAAGUUGAAGCAGAAACUGGGAUGUCGAAAGGUUCAGUCAGACUAAUCGCUGCGCCCUUAGUCAUCUUGCCGUCCUCGGAGCAGAAAGCCUCCGAGGCCUUCGGUUGUUUGACAGCCUCGCAGAGAGCUGAUGUCACAGAGCUGUGCAGCCUUUUCGAGGAGGCCAACAGCCAGUUUGAGUUUACACAGUUUAAGCAGGCAAAGUCAACUUCUACUGGUUCAGAUGAAGUCGCCUAUAAUCAUCCUGGUGAUAAGGAGCUAGAUCCUGAUUUCCUAACAGGCAUAGACUUUGAUGAUAGUUUCAGCUCUGCUGACUGUGAGAGACCGCCUCCUAGAAAACUACUCACUGAUUCAAGUUUGUCAGAGAAAUUAAGUGCUAUUUCUUGCCACAAGCAAAAUAGACAGGACUCUGGCUUUAAAAGCAAACCUGUGGACAUCUUGAAUUGUGACCAUUCUGACAAGAGUACAAAAUGUCAUGCCACUUUGCAUCCUAAGCACCCAACUCCAUCUUUGGUCCCUGAGAGCAAUUGUGAUUUUGGGAGCUUUUCUUGUGCAAGUGGAAAGAAAAUCACUGUGUCAAAGGAAGUUCUUAAAAGGGCCUCAAAGGUCUUUGAUGAUUUAGAUAGUGGUUGCUUUCCAUCACAGAAUUCUGUGCGUGACCUGAGCACAGAUCCAUCUCGUUUAAAUGCUGCUGUCACCACGGUGCAAAGAGCCAGACACAUUCCAGGCCCCCAUGUGACAUUUGGCACUCCGAGGAGCAAUGAUAUUAACCAGAACCACUGCAUUAAGAAGAUGGGCCUUUCAGCAGGAGCAGUAGAAGUAGAAGUGGGUCUGCCAGCUAGAGAUACCCAAACAAUUCGGGAAGUCUGUACCGUUCCUGAACCAAUCCUCCCACCUGGAGAGCCUGACUUUCCUCUCAUCGAUUCCUCUCACCAAAUGCCUGCUGUCAGAAACAAUUUAGAAGGUACGGGGACUCAUUUUCCAGGAGGUUUAUUACCUCUGGGUGCACAAAAUGGAGUAGACACUGAUGAAAGGUCAGAUGAACACCUGCCUUCUACACCUGCCCUUAAUUCAGCAGAGGGAGAAAAGGUCUGUGUGGCCAAAGAUGUCUUUAAGCAACCCUGGGCUGUUUGUACAAAAGGCAGUCUUCAGAGAGACCGCGGUAAAAAGUUGGACGUUUCUUAUAACCAUCCCAAUAGCCUGAGCACUAAGCAUGGCGCUGGUUUCAAAACUGCCGGCGGGAAUGCUGUAAAUGUCUCGGAGAGACAUUUGAGGAAAGCAAGGGAAAUGUUCACAGAUUUAGAGGUGAAUCCACCAAGCACACAUGGACGAGGGUACCGUGCAGAUGAGCAAGAGGGGCAGAGAGUUGAGAUCAAAAACAAAGAGCUACCAGACAAGUGUGCUGACACAACUAACAGUGGUAAAGCCACUUCUGAGCAAUGCAAAAGUGAGAAUGAUGCUGUGCAGAGAACAUCUGCUGAUUAUCAGACUGACAAACCUGAUAUCACGCAUGUAGAAAAGCACUCUAGAGAAGAAACGCCUAACAUGGACAGUGUAAGCAAUGUAGGCUGUAGCACACCAUGUGGGAACAAAGUGUCCGUGGCUGAAAAAGCACUUGUGGAAACCACCUCAAAUGAAUUUGGUGAUAUCUCUGGAUCAUGCCAGAUGACAGUUGCUUUAGUUGAAGGCAGCGGUAAUAUUUCAACUUGCAACACUCGAGACAAUUGUGUCUUCAGCACUGCUGGUGGUAAGAAGGUAACCGUGUCUGAUAAAUCCCUUCAAUAUGCUCAAUCUCGUCUUAUUGAACGUGCAGAAGUGAAAACUCCAGAACCUGGGAGGACCUCCAGAUUGUGUAACGGGCAUGAUUCCUCUCACAGUCUUCUGGGUGGAAACAGUAGAGGUUUUAGGACCGCCAGUGGAAAAGGUGUGUCCAUUUCGCCAAAUGCCCUUGAACAGGCAAAGGCUUUGUUUCAGGACUGUGAUGAGCAAACUGAGUGUGAAAUUCCUGGGGCGGUAAUAGACCGUAUCAAUGGGGAAACCUGCAGCAGGCCAAUGAAUCCAAUGCCGACCGGUUCUGGAUUUGUUUCUGCCAGUGGUAAGGGCGUGUCCAUUUCAGCAAAGGCUCUUCUUGAAGUGAAGGAUAUGUUCGAAAACAGUGACGGGAUUGUGGACAGUGCAACCGCUAAUGGAUCAAGAGAGGGGAAUACAAAUGCAAAGUCCUGUGAACCGAACAGUAAUUUGGGGAAAGUUAAUUACGGGUUCAGCUCUGCUGGAGGUAAGAGGGUGUCUGUAUCCAAGAAAGCCCUCCUGAGGGCACAUGCACUUCUGAAGGAAUGUGACGAUAAACAACAUCUGGAACCCGACAGACUGGAAUUUAUGAAGGGUUCAGCUUGCGAUCCUCAGCACAAAAACGGUUGUGGUUUUAGCACAGCCAGUGGUAAAGGAGUGUCCAUUUCCCUCAAGGCCCUCCAAGAGGCAAAAGCUAGAUUCGCAGACUGCGAUAAUGCUACUGAAACGCCUGAAAUUGGUGAAGUGAAAGUGGAAACCCUAUAUGAGAAUUCCACAUCCGCCCAUAAAAAGGAUCCUGUGAAAAAUAAUUAUAAUAAUUGUGGGUUUAGCACUGCAAGUGGUAAAGGGGUGUCUGUGUCCAAGAAUGCCCUUCUGAAAGCCAAGAAACUUCUUGAUGAAUCCUGUGAUGUUGAAAGUGGAGAACCUGGAAGAUCUCUCAAAAUGGAAUGCACAAUUAGUUCAGUUCUGAACCCUCUCCGUGAAAGCGGGUGUGGUUUUAGCCCUGAUAUCGGGAAGGGGCUUUCCCCCUCAGCGAAGAACACUUGUGAAAAGGAGGUUGCGUUAAAAGACCGUUCCAAUGACAAAAUCAAAGUAGAGACCCAAGUAAACGGUUUAAAAGUGAAAGGUGGUUCUUAUGGUAAUGCAUGGAAGUGUACUUCCGGUUUCAGCACAGCCAGGGGUAAUGGGGUAACUGUUUCAGUUAGAGCUCUUGAGGAGGCAAAGGCAAAAUUCAGAGACUGCGAUAAUUUGGACCAUGUAUUCAGUGAAGAAAUGAAGGAGGAACCUGUAAGAAAUAAAAGCAGUUCUGCUCAUCAUAAUCCAGAAAAAACUGUUCCUGGCAUCAGCAGUGUUGAUGAGAAGCCUGUGUUGGUCUCUGAAAUGGGUCUUUCAAGCGCAAAUCUUUUGCCUGUGAAAUCUGACAGAACUGAACAUUCGGUUGUACCAACGCACCUUCCACAAGGAUCAAUAAGCCAAGGCCAAGCUACAGAUCGGCAAAGCACUCGAGAGAUCGGAAAGGCACCCAUGUGGCCUGGUGGUAACACCCCCUCCCAGGAACGCUCUGUGCCAGGGAAGGCUGCAGUGGAGAUGGUGGAUUGUGGGACAGCUCGGAGCUACGCAGGUGGAACUGCUCAGAGGAGCUCCUCGCUAAACCUGCCCUCCCUGGGACUCGGUAACUGCACGGACACCCAGCAGAGGUACCUGGAGCAGGAGGCCAUGGCGUGCACCAAGGCCCUGCUGGAGGAUGAGGACCUUGCGGAGCAGAGCCUCCAGGAGACCACAGGGAAAACGGCUCUCCCGCAGAAUGCUACAGCACACGGUUCAGCUGGGUCCGAGGCUGAGGGGGGCCGAGGGCCUGGAAAAAGGAUAAAAUCUGAGGAUUCGGACACUACAGAUCAGCCUCCUCUCAAAAGACGGCUCCUGGCAGACUUUGACCAAACGUCAGACUGCGAUAAACGGGCGGUGUUCACUCCUGUGAAGAGCAGCCCAAAUGUUACAUUAAGGGACAGGAGAAUCUUCAGAUAUGGUGUGCCACUUCAACCUAAUGUCACUCGACCCCCUGGGGAUAAAAAGGGCACGUUGGACCAGAGGCACAGAAAGACGGAACCACAGACUGUCGUCCCGGGCUCCUUCCUUCAGGACGUUAAGCCAGCGAAUCCCAGGGGUGCUGUGUUUGUGCCCCCUUUUCGGAAGUGUCCCAAGCCCGAGGUCCAGGGAACCGGUCCUCCACCGGAGUCAAGGGGGCCUCCCAGUACCUUUGUGCCCCCCUUCAGGAAAAUCCAGCCCAAUAGCACCCCCCUGGGACAGGGCCCCGGACCGCCGUCCUCCGGCCGCUCUGGGACUCCUCCUCUGCCUCCCCUGUUCGUUCCCCCUUUUAGGGAAACGCCAGGUUCUGCCUCCCAUCCAGGUAAUGAAGAGAAGAGGUCCAUUCAGGAAUCAGGCACCCACCGGGCCGCACCACACAGUGCCUGUGCUCGUGCCGAAAGUGGGCAGGGCCCAGUCAUCCCGAGUGUCCCUGCAGAGAGGGAAGCAGAAGCGGAGGGGUCCACGUCGGCACCUCCCUCACCGUGGGACCAUGAGACUAGCAGCUCGGAUGUGCCGACGUUGCAGAACCUGCAGCUGGCGCGGGACCUGCAGGACAUGAGGAUCAGGAAGAAGAAGCGGCAGACCAUCAGGCCCCAGCCGGGCAGCCUGUUCCUGGCCAAAACCUCAGGGGUGACCAGAGUGUCCCUGAGAACCGCUGUAGGGGGGAGGUGCCCGGCCCUGCAUACUCCGAAAGAGCUCUAUGCACAUGGGGUCCCCCAUGGGGUCUCCCAGAUCAGCGGCGACCGCGCCGAGUCCUUCCGUCUCCGCUGCGGGGACUUCUUCAGGGCGGAGGUGCUGACGGCCGGGGACGGGGUCCAGCUGGCGGACGGGGGCCAGCUCAUCCCGAGCGACGACGGCACAGUGGGGAAGGAGGAGUUCUACAGGGCCCUGUGCGACACCCCUGGGGUUGACCCCAAACUAAUCAGCGAGGGCUGGCUGUACAAUCACUACCGGUGGGUGGUCUGGAAACGGGCCUCCAUGGAGCGGGCCUUCCCUUCAGUGAUGGGCGGUUACUGCCUGACCCCGGAGCAGGUGCUGCUGCAACUCAAAUAUAGGUACGACGUAGAGGUGGACCGGAGCCGGAGGUCGGCUCUGAGGAAGAUCAUGGAAAGGGACGACACGCCUGCAAAGACCAUGGUGCUCUGCAUCUGUGGCGUCGCCUCCCCCAGCUCUGGCCCUUCCGCAGGACCAGUGCCACCAGAGAGCAAGACCUCCCCUGGUUCUGGUGUCAGGGCAGGGGGCUUGCCGGGUGCGGUGAUCUGGGUAACGGACGGGUGGUAUGCCAUCAAGGCCCUGCUGGAUGCCCCGCUGACCGCCAUGCUGCUGAAGGGCCGUCUGGCAGUGGGCGGGAAGGUGGUGACCCACGGGGCGGAGCUGGUGGGGUCCCAGGACGCCUGCUCGCCGCUGGAGGCCCCAGAAUCGCUCAUGCUGAAGAUUUCUGCCAAUAGCACCAGGCCGGCUCGUUGGGACGCCAAGCUCGGCUUCCACUGUGACCCUCGUCCUUUCCGGCUGCCCCUCUCCUCCCUGUACUGCAACGGGGGCCUGGUUGGUUGUGUGGACGUAGUGGUGUUGAGGAGCUACCCAACCCAGUGGAUGGAAAAGAAGCCAGGCGGGGGCUUUGUGUUCCGUAACAACCGUAACGAAGAACGAGAAGCUAGAAGGCACAGUGACGGAAAACACAAAGCCAUGGAGGUCCUGUUCGCCAGGAUACAAGCCCAGUUUGAGAAGGAGCAGGAGACAAAGGCCAAAGCCAAAAGCAGAAGACGAAGGUUGACUCGGCAGGAGAUUGAGGCGUUGCAGGACGGGGAGGAGCUGCACGAGGCUGUGGAGACUGACCCCGCUUAUCUGGAGUCUUGUCUGAGCGAGCAGCAGCUGGCCGUCCUGAGCGGCUACAGGCAGUCGCUGGGACAGGAGAGGCAGGCCAGGCUGCAGGAGCGUUUUCGGCAGGCCCUGGCGGAGGCUCAGGAGGGCCAGGGGGGCUGCUCCGACCGGGACGUCACCCCCGUGUGGAAGCUGAGCGCCUGCGACUCCAGGGACCGGCAGGGUGGCAGCGUGUACCUCCUGAACAUCUGGCGCCCCUCUGCCGAGCUCCGCUCCCUGCUGAAGGAGGGGUGCAGGUACAGGGUUUACCAGCUCGCCACGUCCCAGGGCAAGAAGCAAACCGGCAGGGCUGCGGUCCAGCUCACCGUCGUGAAGAAAACACAGUUCCAGCACAUUCAGGCCUCUCUGGACUCCCUGCCUGAGCUGUUCCAGCCCCGAGUGGCCUUGAGCUUCAGGACUCUCCAGAGUCCAGCUUUUCGUCCUGUGUGUGGGGAGGUGGACACGGCGGGGUAUGUCAUCUCCAUUGCUGACAGACACGGCCCCUCCCCUGUCCUGUACCUGGCGGACGGGCAUCAGGACUUCGUGUCUGUGCGGAUCAACACCAGCCUGGCACAGCUGGCUCUGGAGGAGCUGGUGAAGCCUCAGGCCCUGCUGGCCCUGAGUAACCUGCAGCUUGGGCAUCAGGCCCCCGCGGCCAUACCCGCCCUGUUCGCGGGCGAGCUGGCCCUCUUCUCCACCAACCCUAAAGAGCCGCACCUACAGGAGGCCUGCGCUCACCUGAGGAACAUCGCACAGGGCAACGAGCACUUCUUCCAGAUGGCGGAAGAGAAGCUUUCACAUUUUUUCCCUUCAAACGUCCAGAUUUCUUUGCUGUCUCCAAGACAAGUGGGUCCAUCUCCAAAAAUGGUGAAUGGGCAAAUACCCCAGCAGUCAGUGCGAACCUCAGGGCUGUUUACCCCUGUGGGCAAGAGGCCACCUUCACCAGCGGCCACUUCAGAGGACCGGGACCCCAAAAGCCUAAAGAGGAAGCGAGGCCUGGACUUCCUGUCACGCAUCCCCUCGCCGCCUCCGCUCAGCCCGCUAUGGACCAGCGCCUCGCCGUCUCUGAAGAAGACCUUCAACGCCCCGCGGAGGUCCGAGACCCCCCGCCCGGCGAGAGGUAGGCCCGCCCCUCCCCCUCCGGAGGCAGAGUGGGUCGACGACGAGGAGCUGGCCAUGAUCAACACCCAGGCUCUGCUGGACGGGCUGGGGGGGCAGGAGCAGGCGGGCGUGUCCAGGUGACCGUAACCACGGGAACAACCGUGUCACCGUGUCAGCGGGAAGCUGCAAACUGGAUCUGACAGCCUGAAAAAAAACUUGUGGAACGUACAUGAUGGCUGCGCUCAGAUGGACCCAAGAGGGUACUGCGUGGACAAGCAGCUGAAGUUGGAAGAUAAACAAAGGCGAUGUGCCCGGACUCACUGCUUAUAAGGACAACUGAACAGUGGCUCACUGGCAAAUUCAGUUCACAUGCAUUGUGGCAUUGUGGAAUGUAGAGAUAUGGCGAAAACUCCCACAACACUACUUGUUUUCCCUUUCAGGACGACUGCACUACUGUCAGAACUACUGCACAUGUAAAAAUACAAUUAAUCAUUUUCCGUUAGCUCUGUAUAUAUGUUGUAUUUAAAAUACUGUUGAAUAAAAUAUGCCAAAUAAUAA